CCAGAGCCAUUUUCACUGUUGAGUAAGAGCACGCCGCUCUCAGCGAAGGAGAGAGAAAGAGAGUGCGCAUUCUGAAUUCUACCGAGCCAGUUUCACUUGUUCUUCCUCUCUCCUGCUUUCUGUUACCCUGCUGGAGGCAGUUUGGGUGAGUGAAGCCUCUGGUGGACACAUAAUGGGGCAAAGUGCCUGUGGCAACUGGGCUGUUGUGCUGCCGAGAGGGGGAGGGCGUAGAGAGUCGACCGGCACACAGAGCUAACAGAUUCAGCCGGCCUCAGGCCUCUGUGCCCCUCUCUCUCUCACACACUCGAGUCUCCGGUUAGGGGCUUCUCUGGAACUCAAAACCUCUUUCUUUCAGGACUAUGGUGGACUAACUAUGGAUUAACAUGUAUUUGGCUCAGGAUUUUGGACAUAUACAUGAGAACUGGCGAUUUGAGAGUGAGAAGUCGCUGUGUUUUGGGAUUGAGUGACGAACUUUUCUUGCCUUUUUAGUUCACUUUCUGUUUUGCUUUUGUGGUGAGAGGAACUCCUCAAUGGAUUACAAAAUGCAUUCCAAGUCCAAUGAUUUGCUGGAUUUUCAGACACUGGAUGCCCUUUUGGAAAAAAUUGCACAUUGCUCCGUCCCUCUUAAAAGAGAGCCCAGCGAGGAGUGCAAUGGAAUUAGCGGUGCUCUCCCUGUGGAGCCCGCGCCCGGCUCGAGACUGAACGAGUGGUGUCCUGCCGCACCCCCUACCGUCCCUCUGCCCGCGCUCCGCCCCGCUAGUAUGGGGGACGGCCUGGACGCAGUGCAGAUGUCGGGGAGCAGCAGCAGUCAGGGGCAGCCCUCGUCCCAGGCCUCUUCCUUCUACAAUCCCCCUCCCCCAGAAACCACAGAUCUUUCCCGGCCCAAGCGCCAGACCAACCAGCUGCAGUUCCUGCUAAAGUUUGUGCUGAAGACCCUUUGGAAGCACCAGUUCGCCUGGCCUUUCCAUUCUCCUGUUGAUGCCGUUAAGCUGAAUCUGCCUGACUAUUAUAAGAUAAUCAAAAAUCCUAUGGACAUGGGAACAAUCAAGAAACGCUUAGAGAACAGUUACUACUCAAAUGCCCAAGAGUGUAUUCAAGACUUCAACACCAUGUUUACUAACUGCUACAUCUAUAAUAAGCCUGGGGAUGACAUAGUCUUAAUGGCAGAAGCACUAGAAAAGGCGUUCCUCCACAAGAUUUCUGAAAUGCCUCAGCAGGAGAUCGAGAUUGCGACCACAACCACCAAGGGUCGUGGUCGGGGCAAGAGAGAUCCAGACAUGAACCUGAAGGUCGGACCUGGCCUGGAUUCUUCGCCCACAGUCUCUCUACCACGUGGCCUUUCCAAUCUUGCCCCUGGGCCACAGAGUAGAACACCUGCACCGGGUCCACCCACUUUACCUCCCCAGCCUGCCAUGCAAGCCUUGCCCCCUCGAGUGCCCCCUUCGCUCCCUCUUCAUGUGCCGCAGUUAGGGCCACCCUUUUCUCUGGGACCCACUGACUGCACCCCACCGCCCCCCAUCAUGACGGCAGUGCCUCCCCCUGCCCAGACCACCCUGCCGCCCAUGCACAUGCAGCAGAGCACCGCUCCCAUUCUACAAAACCCUAUCCCGAUGGCUCCCAAACAGAGAAAGAGCCAGAAAAGGAAAGCAGACACCACGACACCUACCGCAAAUGACCAGCUGAGCGAGUCAUCGCCUGUUGAGUCAAAGUCAGGAAAGACUCUGCCACGCCGGGAUAGUACACGACCAAACAAACUACUCAAAAAGGAGGCACCAGACUCCCAACACCAUUGGACGGUGCCCACUGGGACCCCUAGCCCCAAGCAACAAGAGCAGUUACGCUAUUGCUCAGGCAUCGUAAAGGACAUGUUUGCUAAGAAGCAUGCGGCGUAUGCUUGGCCUUUCUAUAAGCCAGUGGAUGUGGAUGCUCUAGGACUGCACGAUUACCAUGAUAUCAUUAAACAUCCCAUGGAUCUCAGCACCAUUAAGGACAAGUUGGAAAACAGACAGUACAGAGAUGCUCAGGAGUUCGCAGCAGAUGUACGGUUAAUGUUCUCCAACUGCUACAAGUACAACCCUCCAGAUCAUGAAGUGGUGGCCAUGGCUCGCAAACUGCAGGACGUAUUUGAGAUGCGUUUUGCUAAAAUGCCCGAUGAGCCAGAGGAAAUGCUGACACCUGCUCCUGUGCCAGCACUCCAUCCAGCUCCUGUAAAGACACAGCCGCCCUCAUCCUCUGACAGCUCCAGCGACUCCUCAUCUGAAUCUGAAUCCUCCACAGACGACUCUGAAGAGGAGAGAGCCCAGAGGUUAGCAGAGCUACAGGAGCAGCUGAAAGCGGUGCAUGAGCAGCUGGCUGCCUUGUCCCAGCCUCAGGCCAGCAAACCAAAGAAAGAAAAGAAGGAGAAGAAGAAAGACAAGCACAAAAAGAAAGCAGGAGUCAUGCCUGCACUGGAGGAGAUCCUGGAGCCGCCUCCUGUUCUUAAGGCUCAGGGAAAGCCCAAGAACAAGGAUCCUCUGCCUAAGAAGCCUAAAAAACCCAGUAAGAAGGAGGGAGGUAAGAGCAACCGCUCCAUAGCUCCCCCAGGCAACGCCCCACCCACCCUUCAGCCUGUGGCAGGCCUGGAUACUGAGGAGGAUAUGGGUCUGGCCGGAGGGCCAGCAAUGGCAGGCAUGGCUGCUGGGGAGAAGUGUAAGCCCAUGUCCUAUGAAGAGAAGAGACAACUCAGUCUGGACAUUAACAAGCUGCCUGGUGACAAGCUGGGCCGUGUGGUCCACAUCAUCCAGUCCCGCGAGCCCUCGCUCAAGAACUCUAACCCAGAUGAGAUUGAGAUAGAUUUCGAGACGUUGAAGCCCUCCACGCUGCGGGAGCUGGAGAGAUAUGUGUCGUCCUGUCUCCGCAAAAAGAAGAAGCCCGCAGUUCUAGAGAAGUCCAUGGAGCAAAUGAAUGCUGCAAAGACAAAAGGCUCUUCAUCAGAAUCGGGUAGCAGCAGUGAGUCCAGCUCUUCAGAAAGUGAAGAUUCAGAAACAGGUAUAGCUUUAAAGCCGAAGAAGAGGGUUAGAGGUGAAGGGAAGAAGGCUCAUCACCAGGUGAUGGCUCCAGGCAUACCUCAGCCGCAGGUUCCCCAUCAACCUCAGACCGUGGCACUGCAGCCCACCAUUCAGCUAAAACAGCAACAGCAUCCCUCUCCCACCGCUUACGUUGCUCCUCCCGUCACAGCCCUGGAGCCCUCGCAGCUGCUGGAGAACCCCUUUGACCCUCUGUCCCACUUCGGCCAGCCCCUCAUGCACCUUUCCCACCAUGCCAAUGACUCGUCCUCCCCUGCACCACCUCACCUCAACGCUCACCCUCCAGGAGGUCCUGUGUCACCUGACACGCACCCAUUUUUGAACCAGCACCACAUUCUCCCAUCCCCAGCCCUGCACAACGCAAUGCCCCAGCAGCCUUCACGGCCCAGUAACAGGGCAGCCCCGCUACCUCCUAAACCUCCGCAACAGAGCACUCCCCAGCAUCCGCAGCAACCCCAGCAGACCCUGCCACAGCAGAUCCAACCCCAGCAACCCCCUCCGCCCCCACAUCACCUCCCGCAGGCACCUCAGCCAAUCCGCCAUCGGCCCCUCUCCCCUCCCACGCUCACUCCCCAGGGCCUGCUCUCUUCCCAACCCCCACAGAUGCUGCUGGAGGAUGACGAGGAACCCAUUCCCUCCAUGCCCCUGCCCAUGUACCUGCAGCAUUUGCAGCCAAACCGCCUGCAGCAGCAGCAAUCCCAGCAGACGACUUCGUUAAUGCAGUCUCUGCAGAGCAGGCAACAACAGCCAGGGCAGCCGUCUCUGCUGCAAUCAGUGCAGGUUCAGUCUCAUCUGGGCGCGCAGAGCUCCUUGCCCCCUGCACAGCUCCCCGUUCAGACUCAGCCAUCAGCAUCACACCAGCCCUCCCCGCAGCUCUCGCAGCAUCAGACCAGACACAUGCAGCACUCACAGCAGCAAAUUAACUUCUCACAAGGCCCAGUGCAGACCACACAAACGCAGCCCAGCCAACACAAAAUGCCCUCCACGAAAGCACAGCAGAUCAUCCAGCAGCAGCAGUCGGCACAUCAUUCUCCACGUCAACACAAGUCUGACUCAUAUAACUCGGCACACCUGCGAGAUAACCCCUCCCCGCUCAUGAUGCAUUCCCCUCAAAUCUCUCAGUAUGGUUUAGUCCACCAGUCCCCCCCUCAGGUCAAAAAGGAACCACAGCGAGGUCCUUCAGCUCUGGGUGGCAUUAAAGAAGAGAAGCUGCCCCCAUCACCUGUGAUGCGCAGUGAGCCCUUCAGUCCAGCCAUGAGACAAGAGCCUCAUAAACACCCUGACAGCAAACCCACAAUGCCAGGCCAUAGCCAACAGAGAGCAGAUAUGAAACCACUUGAAAGUUCCCGUCCUGUCAUCCGCUCCUCUGAGCAUAGCGGUCCACCUCCUUCCAUGCAGGACAAAGACAAAUUCAAACAGGAGCCCAAGACACCCGUGGCUCCUAAAAAGGUACAGGACGUGAAACUAAAGAACAUGGGUUCCUGGGCAAGCCUGGCUCAGAAAUCCACCUCCACUCCCUCGUCUGCUCUGAAGUCAUCCAGUGAUAGCUUUGAGCAGUUCCGACGUGCGGCCCGGGAGAAGGAAGAGCGAGAAAAGGCCUUGAAGGCUCAGGCCGAGCAAGCUGAAAAAGAUCGUCUGCGCAGAGAACAAGAGAAACUUCGGGGACGAGAUGAAGAGGACCCAAUUGAGACUGUGAGAAGGCCUCAGGAGGAGCCUCGCAGACGGCCCGAGCCACAGCAGGUCCAGGCCCCUCAGCAGCAGCACCCAGUUCAGUCCCAAACCCAGAACCCAGCCCAACAACCCUCUGUCCCGCAGCCUUCCCAAGCCCCGUCCCAAUCCCCUGCCUCUUCACAGAGUGCACUUGACCAGCAGAGGGAGCUCGCACGUCGCCGGGAGCAGGAGAGGAGGAGGAGAGAGGCGAUGGCAGCUACUAUUGACAUGAAUUUCCAAAGUGAUUUGAUGGCUAUCUUUGAGGAGAACUUGUUCUGAAAUGCAAGAGGAAGCGAUAAAACUGCAAAACAGAUCAUGGAUUCCUCUACAUGGACAGAAUGGACUCGUACAGCAGGAAGGGAAAAAGACCUCAUCUGACCACAAGAAACACUGAAGAGGCUGAACUAGCGAUGAAUAAGCUGAGGUCCUGAGAGGGAGGCUGUAGCUCUCCUUUUGCCUUAGCAGAAAGAGGGACCCUCACACUGGGACGCCAUCGCCUCUCCAGCAUUCCUCCUGGAUUUGGCAUUGUGACCAUGGCGGGAAAGAGAGGACUUGUGUGACUCUAAUUCAGAAUAUGGGAGCAAUGGACAAUGUUAUCAAUGGAGGAAUAUGUGACUAUUAAAUGUACUGAUUAUCUGUAGUACGGCAUCCAUCGACUGCCAGAUGUCUGUGGGGGUUUAGAAGACGUCUUUGUUUUCUGUUUUAUUUCAUUUCCCCCCCAUCGUAUUGUUUUUGCCAUACCCUUUCCCCUUUUUUCUCGAAAACACGCAGGCAAAUGGCAGGAUGGGAUUUAGGGGCACUUAAAGAACUUACUUGGGAGAGGAAGUACAGCUCGCCUUACACCUCUGACUUGUAAACACAAUGACAACAAACAAACAAUAUUCACCAGGGGCUGUGACUGAAUGACUAAACAUGGUGUGUUUCACACUAUUAUCAUGUGCAGAUUUUUCAUUAUGUAGGAUCUACUGUAAAAAGGUAUUUUCUUAAUUACUGUUUUGGUUGGUUGGUUGAUUGGUUGUAUUUCUUGUUUACUUUUUUUUUUUUUUUUUUUUUAUAUUAAGUAUUUUUAACUCUUACCAACACCUUACCCCCUCUGAUGUCUAUGUCAAACACCCAUAUCCUUUUACGCUGAUAGCCGAGAACCUGAAAUGCUUCACUUAACAUGUCUUUCUUAAUAUAUAAAUAUAUUUUCUUGUUCUCCCCACUCGUCAUUGAAAAGUUUAGGUAGCUUUGUAGAAAAUAAACCCUAAUAUAUGCAUUAUUCUGACAAGUGUUAAUUGAGGACAGAAACCAUCGAGAGAGACUUUCAUUAUUCAUCGUUUUCACGUCAACCUGGUGAAGAAUCUUCCAAUAGGCUGGAGUGUUGGCCUAAAAGAGGCGGUUUCUGAGUAUCUUUUAGUUUAAAUAUAAUUUAAAGAAUAGUCACUAUUUUAAGUGUAUUAUACAUAUAGAAGGAAAACAUGCAACUUGCAACUGGUACAUGUUCACGCUGUCGCAUUCUACAAUACGUCAUGUAAACACCAGGCAAAUUUGGCUCUUCACAGCACUGCAGAGAAGAGGCAGAAUGGAGCUCUCAGCUGGUCACUGCAUGACUCUUUUCACAAAUCAAUUUAUUACAAUGCACAGAGAGACCUCUGUACACUGUACUAGAUAUAAUUGCAAAAAUUUUGAAACGGAAAAAAAAUCACAAAAAAAAAUCAAACAGUUCUGAUUUAUCAUUGUUCUUGUUCGAUUCUAGUGGAUGUGUUCUAAUUCUGUUAUUUGACUCCGCAAGGGGGGCGGGGGGCACAAUUUGAGACCUUGGCAGGUCCUUUGAGUUUUCUCUUAUAGUGUUUUCUCCAGUGCCUGUAUUGUAUUGCGAUUCUAGUUGGCAUAUAUUACGUUCUGGGAGGGUGAGGGAGGGGGGCACGAUUUGCCGAAAGAUCCGGGAGGGAAAAUUGGGGAUUUAGGGGAGAGCUUGUGUUUAAAAGACAAAAAAGGAAAGUAAACAUUUUAUAUUUUACCCAUUUACGAUAUUCGGGUUUAAAUCUAGUUUUAGCUGGACUUCCUAAUUAUACGCCGAACAACUGUUUUUCGUUUUCUCGCAGCAGCGAAGAGGACCCGUCCGAGCAGUCACAUGAUCAUCAUCGACUUGCGAGUUUGGAUGUCUGUGUGUAUGGAGGGUGCUCUUACCUGGAGGUUUCAAAGACAACAACACUUCAUUUAAACAAUAUACUUUGCAAACUUUUCCUUUUCAUGAAGUCCACUUAUAUAAAUAUCUAUUUUUUAUUUUUAUUUUUUUUUGGUUAAUUAGGUCUGUAAAAGUUCAAAGAAGAGAAACACUUAAUUCCUUCGAGCCUUUAAAUGUAUUUUCUUUUCCAUGGUAAACAGUUGGACAUUAUGUGCCAUAGAUUCGGAUUCUCCGGAGAAUGUGCUGACCUGCAGCUCAGCAGAGAGUUUGCUUUUAUUCAGGUAUUUUCUUUUUUUUUUUUUUCUUUUUUUUUUUACAUUUUCCUCGAUUACUGUUUGGUAUGUGCGUGGGCAAUCGAGGUCAAUGGUUAAAUCUGUUAUGAUCAUGAAAUAAACAUCUCUUUUAUAGAAAAUUAAAAGGAAACAAAAAAUGACCCUGUCUCUUUUACAAUUGAUCAGUUCUGUUGUUUGAUGUGGCAUUGUGUUACUACGUAUCAGUUUUCAGUUUUAAAUUGUUGUUGACCUACAUUAUGUAAUCUUAAAGCAAAGGCUGUAUCAUAUGAAGGAAUAUUUAAGUCAUAUUUCACCCUAAAAUGAAAGAUGUAAAUUAUAAAAGAAAUUAUAUUUUGCAUAUAAUGAAGCCUUUAUUUAUUAUUACAGUCAGAAUAAAUUACAUCCAUGACGAAACUACUACCAUGGAGUAUACUGACAAUAAUACAUUACAAUUGAAAUACAUUCUGUAGGUAACUGUGAAUUUGGGUAGGGUAGAUAUCACAGUGGUCCUAAAAGGUCUUGAAAUAGGCUUAAAUUUGACACAGGCAUUUCUUGGCUUUUUUUUUUCUCAUGAGAUUAACCCCAAAAAAUGCAUAUUGAUGUGAUAAUAUGCCAAAUAUUAAACAGUAAAAGUUCAUUAGAUAUGGUUAAACCAAGAAAGUCCUCACACUGCUGUAGUUUUGUCUGGCACACAUUUGUGUCUGAGAUAUUGGUUUAAGAGCGUUUCAUUUAGAAAUCAUUGCAUUCCCUUUAAAAAGGAAUAAUUCACCUAAAACAUUAAAUUCUCUCAUCAUUUACUCACUCUCAUGCCAUCCCAGAUGUGACUUUCUUCUGCUGAACACAAAGAUUUAGAAGAAUAGUUCAUCUCUGUAGGUCCAUACAAUGCAAGUAAAUGGUGACCAGAACCUUGAAGCUCCAAAAAGCAUAUAAAAGCAGCUUAAAAGUAAUCCAUGAGGCUCCAGUGUUUAAUGAAGUCACAGCUGUGUAUCUCUUAAAGCGCACUGUACAGAAUUUUCUCUUCAUGAUAAAUUAUUUAAAUAUAGAUUUUUGGCAGAUGGAGUCUUGUAUUUUAUUUAAAUACACUAUAAUUGUUUUUCAUGUACCUACUCGCCAUAAAAUAUCUAUGAAAAUAUAAACAUAAUAUAAGGCUAUCUAUAAAACAGCAAGAUGGAUUCAUGUAAUACCUGCUAUUAUAAUACUUGUUUUAAAAUAUUAAAAGCUUAAUCACUCCAUAUAGAAAGAGAUGAAUGACCCAAGCCCCUUCUUUCAUGGACUAGAUGAACAUACAGUAUUUCACUUUAAAAAAAAUAGGAGAAUAUAUACAAUAUGAAUUAAUUGUAUACAAUGAAUUAGUCACGUCUAACAGUGUGAAAGACAUAUUUAGCAGCUAGUGCAGCUGUGCUGUCGUCCUCUCCAAGUAUAUAGGGGAUUUUCUCUGUAUCACUGAGUAUUGACAAUGAUGGCUUCAGUGUUUCUUAAAUAAUGUGCUUGUAAGUUUAAUUUAGAUGUUUAUCAGAAAGGAUCUGAAAAGCACUUCUUGUGUUCGGGCACCACAUUUUCUGGACUUUCAUGUUUGGGAACAAAAGUUUCUCAUUGAUAUAUUUCCCAUUUGAAUCAGUCAGGAUAAGAGCCUGUGUUUCUCUGGGAUCCUCUGGAGCAGAGCUGUGGAUCUGGGCUGGUGGAUCAGUUGAGCAGUGAAGCUCUUCCUGCACUAGUGAUUCUUCAGUGAGCAUCUCUGGAUACAUCAAAGGUUUAGAGUUCUGACUUCAAGGCAAUGAGUUCCUUCUGCAUUUCAGUCUUCUGUUAAUUGUCUUCCAAAGGUUGAUUUGACUUCUCUCAGGUCUUCUUUAAUUUGCUGAAGUUCCUUUGACAUAUCCUUUCUGUCUCUCUGUAGGUAUGCAAUCUCUUGUCUUAAAUUCAUGAUGUCAAUCAUGUCAUUCUCUCUGUUUCACGCGAGUGACUGUCCUAGACGUGAAUAGACGUCUGGGUGACGGAAGUGACGUUUCAAACACACGUGAUGUGUUGCCGUGUGUUCAACACUUGUAUCUUAAACAACGUACAUUUUCACACAGCUUGGGGUGAUGGUAAAGCAUUAAAAUCACAUUUGUGAGGUGCUGUAUCCACUGAAGUUUUGCUAGUUGCAACAUUCUCCAUUAUUUACAGUUGUUUUGUCAGAUCACCAUCGCUGCCGGUAACUCCGCCCCUUCCGCUGUGUACGGCAGGCCACUUGUGUUGAGUGCAUGAAGUGUCUAUCAUUCCACACUCCGUUUUGAUGGUUGAAAAAGUGCAUCAUCCAUAAAAGUACACUUCUUUUUGCUGCAUUUUCAGUGUUUUAACAUACUAGUCGUACUACUUACACUACAAAAUGGCGUAGAAUAGUGCAGAAGUGUGCGGUUUGGGACUUGUCAGACAGAUGAUGGUCUAUCUCUCAUUUCCAGUGGCAAUGUUUUGGAUAUCGAACCAAGCCGAGUAUUUUGAAGAAUAUAUCGUGAAGCGAAAGAGGGAGAUCUUCCCCCCUGAUGAGAAAAUGCAUAGGCAGGAGCUGGAGGAUUUUAAGGAGCG